AUGGGAUUCAAAGUCAUCAUCGUGGGAGGCAGUGUUGCUGGCCUGUCGGUGGCCAACAUGCUCGAGCAAUUCGAUAUAGACUACGUCCUUCUUGAAGCCUACCCACAUAUAGCGCCCCAAGUCGGUGCCAGCAUCGGCAUCCUUCCCAACGGCUUCCGUAUUCUCGACCAACUAGGGUGCUUUGAGCCCAUCCUUGACAUUGCUGGAGAGUGUCGCUACACCCUUGGCAGCAUGCGAGGAUCCGACGGGGUUCCGCUCACUGCCAACUCCGAGACCAGCUUAUCAGUCCAUUUUGAGAAGAGAGUCGGAUAUCCCUCAAUCUUCAUCGACCGGCAGAUGCUUCUUCAAAUUUUGUACAACAAUCUCAAGCACAAAGAUCGAGUCCUGACCAAGAAACGAGUUUCUCGCCUUGAACUGACCGAGGACGGGGCUCAGGCCUAUACCCAGGAUGGCUCCCUGUACGAGGGUGACAUUGUUGUGGGUGCCGACGGCAUUCAUAGCGCAGUGAGGGACGAAAUGUGGCGUCUUGGAAAGGAACAGAGCCCUGGGUACUUCUCCGAGGAUGAAAACUCACAGGUUCCGGUCUCGACCAGGUGUAUAUUUGGAAUCUCGAACAGGCCCUCUUGCUACGGCAGCCGAAGUCAACAGAUGGUGUUGGGGCAAGAUCACGCCUAUCUGGUCAUAGCGGCUCCAAAAGAUCGCGUCUACUGGUUCCUAUUCGACGGUCUCCCUGAGACAAAGUACGGCCGGGAUAUUCCGAAAUACUCAAAGGCCGACGAAGAAGUACUGGUAGGGGCGCGCCGUGGUGACCCCGUCACUGAGGACUUGACUUUUGGCGACCUCUACGAUAAGAAAAUCAUGUCGACGCUGGUCCCACUUGAGGAAUAUGUCUUUGAUCGCUGGCACUACAAGCGUAUCGUUACCAUAGGUGAUUCGGCUCACAAGAUCGAUCCAGCUUCUGGUCAAGGAGGGAAUGGGGCAAUAGAGUCCGCAGCUCUACUGGUGAAUGCUCUUUUGCGGCAACUGAGGUCGACUCCUCAAGGUCUCUCUGGUACUCAAGUCGAAACCGCACUCGCAGAAGUUCAUACUCUCCGUUACGAGCGUUCCAAACGCCUGGUUCAACAAGCGCACAUGCUUCAAAUGAUGGUUAGCCAGCGAUUCCCACUUGCCCCUCAGCUGCUGAAGCGUAUCCUUCCGCUUUUUGGCCCAACCGCCUUUGCCGACGUCGUGGUCCCGAUUUGCGCCGCCGCUCCUAGGAUUGAAGGUAUUCCUGUCCCACAGCGACCUCACUUUGUCCCGUUUGAAGAUGAACUGCCAGCAAAGCCCAUCAAGGGCGGUCUCCUCAGCAGAGCGCCAUGGGUGCUCGCAUCCAGCAGCCUUGGGGCGUUGGUAUGCGUCGCCCUUGGAGAGAGCAACAUUGGUGCUGGGACAGGAGUCAUCUUCAGCACCCUUCAGCAAUGGGGCGCUGGGGGCAUGUUGGCCAAGUUGACAGGACAGAGCCCAAGGGCAAGUCUUGUUUCCAACUUGAUACCGACUCUCUCCACGUGGCUCAUUGAGGGUUCCCGCAAUGGAAAUUCCCUCAACCCCCUAUCUUGGACAAGGGCCUACUCGAUCAUAUACACCAUAGCUGGGCCAGCCUCAGUGCUUCCUCUCUUCUGCCUAUCAUCUGUCCUUUUUUCAACCCAGUCCACCACAGCCAGACCAGUUCAGCCCGUCGUUGCUCAGUCCAUCAUUCCAACUGUCGCCCUCGGCUACAUCGCGCCAACAGUGGCAGCGUUAUUACCCAUUCCAGAUACGGAGAUCAGGAGCCAUAUCGGUAAUGUUUGGCGAGCAUUCCCACUACUUUGUGUGGCCUUUACCGAAGGACUUAGUACAGUCCGUGCCAAGAAAAACAAGACGACCGCACAUCAGGAUGCUCAAGACAAGACCGACAAGCCCCUUGACUUUGCCACUGAGUCUGAGAUUCAAUUCUACAAGAAUGAUGAUAUACCUCCUCUCAAGCUGGCUUACGGCACUACUCUCACCCUCUGCGUCGCUAUUCCAGUUGCCACGAAACUCGCAUCCGCUGCCGCCGAGCAUGUCUUUGGAAGAUGGACCGAGUCAGGUCUCUCCCAAGUAUUGCCCCCUGCUGUGAACAUUGGUUUCAUCAGCGCAGCUUCAGGUCUUGUAUACUCGUUAUAUACCGCAUGGGAAUUGCGAUCACUCGGAUAUGUGGGAACAAAGCAGGCUGUUGUUGGGGGGUUGGCUUCACUCGCUACAUUGAGCCUAGCUGGACCUGGUGCCUUGAUGGCAGGCAUCUCAUGCUGGAGGGAGUAUGUCAUAUCUAGGUUGAGCAUGUAG